AGUUAGCUGCAAUAGAAAUGUAUUUAACCUCCAAAAAACAUGUUCUUAAUUUGAACUAUGAAGCAAUUGUCUUUAAAUUAAUCCGAAGUUUCUAAACCCAUAUUAAUUACAACAAUUUUCACUGAACCGGCUAAAUACUACAAGCACCACCGGAAAAGAUCUAUCAAAAUCAUCGGAAAUUGACAAGUCAUCGGAAAAAACUCAAUACAUGUAGUUACAGUCAGAUCCAUUCCUUAGCUGCUUGCAUUUUCCGGGAACUGUUGAUUAAAUAUGCUGCGGCUAAGGGCAAUUCGUCCGACAAAUGACAGAAUCGUGAAGAUUCAUAUGCAUCCGACGCAUCCUUGGCUCGUUACUGCUGAUGCAUCCGAUCACGUCUCCGUUUGGAAUUGGGACCACCGCCAGAUUAUUUAUGAACUGAAACCUGGUGGUGUUGAUGAACGGCGUUUGGUUGGUGCCAAACUGGAGAAGCUUGCCGAGGGGGAAUCAGAGCCUAGAGGGAAACCUACAGAAGCCAUACGAGGUGGGAGUGUAAAGCAGGUUAGCUUUUAUGAUGAUGAUGUACGAUUUUGGCAACUCUGGCAUAAUCAGUCCGCUGCUGCCGAGUCUCCAGCUCAUGUCACUUCAACUUUUACUUCUCCUGCUCCAUCAACCAAAGGGCGCCAUUUUCUUGUCAUCUGUUGUGAGAACAAAGCUAUCUUCUUAGACCUGGUGACGAUGCGUGGCCGUGAUGUACCAAAGCAGGAGCUUGACAACAAAUCACUUCUAUGUAUGGUGUUCCUCUCUAAAGCAGCUACUGCUGAUGGCCCUCUUGUGGCUUUUGGAGGGUCGGAUGGUGUAAUUAGAGUUCUUUCAAUGAUAACAUGGAAGCUUGCACGAAGAUACACAGGAGGUCAUAAGGGAGCAAUUUCUUGCUUGAUGAAUUUCAUGGCUGCUUCUGGCGAGUCUCUUCUAGUUUCUGGUGGUAGUGACGGAUUGCUUGUACUUUGGAGUGCAGACAAUGCUCUUGAUUCGAGAGAGCUUGUUCCUAAGCUCAGCUUAAAAGCUCAUGAUGGUGGGGUUGUUGCUGUAGAGCUCUCUAGAGUGAUUGGUAAUGCACCACAGCUCAUUACUAUUGGUGCUGAUAAAACAUUAGCUAUCUGGGACACCGUCUCCUUUAAGGAACUGCGUCGAAUAAAACCUGUUCCAAAACUAGCUUGUCACAGUGUAGCGUCGUGGUGCCACCCACGGGCUCCCAACCUCGAUAUCUUGACUUGUGUCAAAGAUUCCCAUAUAUGGGCUAUCGAGCAUCCUACCUAUUCUGCUCUUACGAGGCCAUUGUGUGAACUUUCUGCACUAGUUCCUCCACAAUUACUUGCCUCUCACAAGAAGCUGAAGGUUUAUUCUAUGGUUACACACCCUUUACAGCCACACCUUGUAGCUACUGGAACCAAUAUUGGCAUUAUUCUGUGUGAAUUUGAUCAGAAGUCUCUUCCUCCCGUAGUAGCACUGCCAACACCAACAGGAAGUCGUGAACAUACUGCUGUUUAUGUAGUUGAAAGGGAAUUGAAGCUGUUGCAAUUUCAGUUAUCUAACACCACUCCUCCAGCACUUGGAAGUAAUGGCUCUUUGAGUGACACAGGAAGGUUCAGAGGAGAGAUACCUGAACAACUUCACGUCAAACAAACCAAAAAGCAUAUUACUACUCCAGCUCCACAUGAUUCAUACUCAGUUCUUUCUGUCAGCAGUUCUGGGAAGUAUCUAGCAAUUGUAUGGCCUGAUAUUCCUUACUUCUCUAUCUACAAGGUCAGCGAUUGGUCAGUUGUUGAUUCUGGAAGCGCAAGGCUGUUGGCUUGGGAUACUUGUCGAGAUAGGUUUGCUUUGUUG